GGCCACGCCAAUCCGCACCGCUACUGUCAACUUCGCUUCCCACUCCUCAUCGGGUCUGCAUCCGUCUUGGCCAAGCACCACCCCAAGCAUGCUUGUCCUGACCUCUUGAUAAGAGUUUGAGCCAGUCACAAUCUGCGCUUCACCUCAGAAGGCCUCUUCUCAUUGCUUGAAGAGGUCGCUUUAUGAGAGCUUGAUAAACCUUGGCGCAUGCUGCCCGUCCCUGCCACCUUCUAGAACGAACGCUCGCCUUUUGUUCGUCGGUGUGUUGUGGUAUCAUAUAGCCUCUGCGCCCAAUGUAACAACAUGACCGUGUCGCCCCACACCGUCCGACUCUUAUCAGACUGGGCAACUUCAGACCUUCCUUGAUCCUACUAACUUCAAUGUUCGACAUUUUCAUGGCAAGGGUCUACCACAGCUGAUCGCCCGAUCAUACUAUGAUGUGAUCUUGGGCUGUCUCAUUUGUUGCUUUCCUCAUCCUUGAUGUGACGCUCCUACACCGAUAGACCAGGGUACUGAUCUCGACCGACAGAGACAAGAGCGGCAAGUCAAUCAUACAUCAUUCAGGUAGCUACACUGGUCAAUGACGUGACAUCAAUGCCAGUGGUUUGAUUGCCAAGAAUAUCACACCCUGUCCCUUGCCAGACGUAUAAACAUCGAUUGGGGCAUCUUCCUCCCAUGGAACUUGAUCUCUCACCUGUUCCCCUGCUUUGCAGCGAACCUCGACCGUCCCGACCUCGUCUACCAUGGAUCCAAAAAUCACGGGAAGCGACUAUAUCCAAGAGUCAAAGACUCCCCUCGACGACCUUGACACUCAGAAACGCAACUCCAUCACUGGAGAUGUCUACGUUCAGGACCAUGGCGCCGACACCGAGCUCCGUCGUCUGCUCAGCACCCGCCACUUGACCAUGAUAGCCUUGGGCUCUAGUAUCGGUAUGGGCCUAUGGCUUGGAUCCGGGCUGUCCUUGGUGAGAGGUGGCCCGGCUGGCAUCUUCCUCGGGUAUUGCCUAUCUGGUGCCAUGAUCUGGUCGGUCGCACAUUCGAUUGGCGAGAUGGCAGUCAUGUAUCCACUGCCAUCCGCCUUCGUUCAAUGGACUGGCAAGUUUAUCGACCCAGCUGCCGCCUUCGCACUUGGCUGGGCUUACUACUUCUCCUUCGCCAUCACUAUUGCCAACGAGCUUGCGGCAGCCAACACAAUCAUUAGCUUUUGGACAGAAAAGGUUCCGAUUGCUGGCUGGAUCUCAAUCUGGCUGGUCGUGCUUGUCAUCAUCAAUGUCGGUGCUGUCACUGUUUUUGGCGAAGUCGAGGUUGUGUGUAGCCUCAUCAAGUUCAGUUGGAUUUUUGUCGUCAUCCUCUCUAUGAUCGUCAUCUCCGCUGGUGGUGGACCAAACCACGAAUCAGUUGGCUUUCGCUACUGGAACCAGGACGCCUUCCCAAAUGGCUUCAAGGGGUGGCUCACGGUGAUGCCGGUGUGCAUAUUUGCAAUGGCUGGGUCCGAGAAUGCUGGGCUGGUUGCUGCAGAGACUGCCAACCCUCGUAAAGCGGUACCUCGUGCAGUGGGCUCAAUCUGGUUGCGCCUUUCUCUCUUCUACCUGCUUGGAUCCCUCAUGAUCACCAUCAAUGUCUCCCCCACAGACCCGGAUCUUUUCGGACAGUCUGGGACUAACGCAUCUCCUUUUGUCAUUGCUUACCGCAAUGCAGGGAUCCCCACGCUCGCGCACAUGAUGAAUGCCAUCAUUUUGCUCUCUGUCAUUUCCUGUGGCUCUAUUUCGAUCUAUGCAGGAGCUCGCACUGCAAUGGGUCUUGCAUAUCUCGGUAUGGCCCCAAAACAACUGAAGAAGGCUGAUAAACUCGGCCGACCUUGGUACGGCUUGGUCCCAGUCAUUCUCCUUGGUGGUGGGUUGGCAUAUCUCAACGUGAGCAAUUCAGGGGCUGAAGUGUUUGGGUGGUUCAGUAAUCUGACAUCUCUUUACACUCUUUUUGGAUGGGGCAUGAUAUGCUUGUCUCACAUUCGAUUCCGAGCUGCUUGGAAGCUCCAGGGCCGGCAACCAUCCGAAUUGCCAUGGAAAAGCUGGACAUACCCAUACGCUGCCUGGUUUGGAUUCAUCAUGUGCGUCUUGCUAAUCAUUGUCCAAUUCUGCUUGGCAGUCUGGCCAUUAGGAGGUGGCGUCACAAACGCCGAAGACUUUUUCGCCAACUACGUGUCGGUGUUGGUGAUUAUCGUGCUUUAUGUCGGGGCCAAAAUCUACUACCGUGGUCGACGAUGGGUCGAUAUUGGCACAGUCGACUUGGACUUUGGAAGGCGGUUCUAUGUCGACGACGCCGACAAGGAAAAGGGCCACAAACGCGGGUUCGUGGGCGGUGCUAAAAAGGCUGCGAGUUUGCUCUUUACUUGAUGGAGUGCACACGCGCAAGGAGAUCUUAUAGCUAGCCACUUGUCACGGAUUGGUGGGAGGCGGGCGUGGAAUGCAGGAAUCGAUAGUGACAGAUUCGAACUGGAAAAUUUGUCAUGAAAUAGGCGAUGUUGGUUGCAGAGCAUGAGCGAGAAAUCUCC